UUUUUCAAGGUGUUACAACAUUUUUGGGACACCCUGUAUAAAUCCCUAGUGCUUAUGUUAUAUAACUAUAUCACAGUCAAAAAAGAAUUUUGCAAUUAUUUUGACUAUCCGAGAGUUUACGUUUUUCAAUAGGUCUUCGAUUGACGGGGCUCCUUUAACUCCCAAUUUCUCUAAACUCUCCCUCAUGAUUCUCCUUUCGUUCUUAAAUUUGUUGCAUAUCCACAAUAUAGAGAUAAGAAUCUGCAAAUCUGUGCUGACACCUAUGUUAACUAGUUUAAACGAAGGCUCUUCGCGAAUUGCCGAAGUCUACUCCUAUGAAUCAGCGACUCGUUAGAAUUGUAUGGUCAGCGAAUCAUUAAAAUUCAGUGCACCAUAGAAGGCACUCGACAAAUGGUAACUUGACACUCGAGCAGCGCCUGUUAUGGGAAAAUCGAGUGUGGCGUUCGUGGAAGCGACGUGCAGAUCGAGAAUAAAAACUGUUAGGUAAAUAAGGAACCGCUCGCGCGUGCCUCCGGAUCAUGUUUGCUCGCUAGUGCAUCGUUGCAUUCGGUGAAACAAGCGUGGAACCACGGAUGGUACAAAUUCUUAUCUAAAUCAAAAUGUUCAACAAUAAACAAAGAUAAUACGUUAGUCCGAAUUGGAAUGACAGAAUUGUAUUUGUUCGUUACUAAUGAUCGAUCGAUUAAUUAAUAAGCACAAGUAAUAUUGAACUUUCAAAAUAUUCAAAUAAAUGUUUCGACAUUUUAGUUCGAGGUAGGAAGUCUGGCUCUCCUGCUCCAUCUAUUAUAUAAUAUCUCUGUAAUUUAAUCGCUACCUUCAACUUCACGUCACGCUCCUGGAUAGAUACAUUUUACUGGGUAGCAAACUUUAAUUGCAAACAGCCCACACGUUGCCUCCCACGCCAUCCCAAACACUCGACGUUCGCGCUUAACGCAGGAUAAGUUUAUUUACGUCCAACACUUGAGAUGUACGUUCAUCGCUGCAUUAUGAUACGUGAUUCGUACGCCUUGAACGUGAUCGGAAUUAAGUAGUUUCGAUUGUUAGAGUAGAAUAUUUCUGUAAGAGAAAGGAAGAUCCACAAGGACGAUAGGGCAUCCAAACGGAGUUUAUUUUUAUAUCACACGGCAACAAUAUUUAAAAAAAAUAAAAGUUCCAGUAUCUGGUACACUUCUAUUCAGAAAAACAAAAAUUAUUUCCACUUGUCUAGGAUGUACUAGUUUAUAUGUAUACGUAAUAGGUUAUCUGGUUUCAGAGUUACUUUAUGUUUGAAAUACAUUCGUGUUAUCUUGCUUCAUGAAGUAGCUGUAAAAAUAACCAUGUUGGAAUGAUGAAAUACUUUGAACAUUAAGACGGUAGCCUCUUGAUAGAUGAAAUUUCAAAUAUUGUUGAUAAAUCGGAAAUAGAAGCUGAUGUAAUAAUUAUUUGUAACGCACGGGCAAAAUGUUUAUCUAAUUUGUCUGAAUAAUAAAUUAUUUGGUAAUCUAGAUAAAAUUGUGCUCAACUGGGCGUUAUAGUACCAUUUGUCUAUUCUCCCAAUAUCCUUUGUUCUCCCAUCGUCACAAUUAAAUAACGAUACGAGAUCAAAGAAAGUAUUCCGGAAUAUUACGUGUAGGUUGAAAAUCCUCGAAGAAACGAUGGGAAACAUCCAGGUCGUUUUUACGCAAAAGCAGGGACCACCGUCGGCCUUGAAAACGAGUUCCGAACACAGUUUGGAAUUCACCGACUCCCAUUGCUUAGGAACGUUUGAUUUCGCGAUCGUUUUCUUCGUAGGCAACAUUUCCCGUAAAUCUCUCGCAUCCGCAAAGAACGAGCAACGCUCUCUUUAUCUUAUCGAGACGGUUUAUGACUGCAUCCAACGUUGCGAGAGGGGAGACCUUCGUAUAGGGGAAGAUAAUAUUUUAUAAAAAAAAAAAAUCGCCACUUUUGAUUCUGAUAAUGUAAAUAAAAAUUUAUUCGUGUUCGAUUAACGGUUUUACAAAUAGUUUAGUCUAGUUUCCGAGGUGACUUCGAAAACAAACAAAGCUAUUGCAACGUUGUAACGUUGCAAAAGUGUUCCGACGCAAUAUUGCCUUACAACGUUUCGAAAACAUUCCAGCAAUGUGACUACGAUAUGGUGCUGAAAAUAUUUUGAGAACAUUCCAUGAUAAAACCACUAUUACUUCCAAGCAAGGCUGUGUCUAUAUAUUUUGGCGCCUGGGUCAACGCUGGAACGCACGGUCUUUCGUUUGUCCCAAAGUAGUUUGUGGUAAAGCAUUUGGUGGUGUUUAGUAUUAUUGUGAGCUAUACAAGAAAUUAAAUAAAAAAUUUAAAAACAGAAUUAUUGCUUGUUUUUCAAAAUAAUACUGUAGUCAUUUAAAAAUAUCGCUGAAACGUUUCAAGAAUAUUAGUGUAAUCUUUAAAAAAACAUUGCUGCAAUACUUGAAACGGAAAUACAGUAACAGUAUUCAGACGGUACUCCCACAAUGUUGCAUUAACACGUUGACUGCUGGUCGAAUAUUUUUGAAAAUUUCUGGUAGGGUUAAAUGUUAUUUAGACUAUUGGAGAUUACUUAAUCAGAUUUUUCUAACUUCAUUUAAAUUCAUUUCCUUUGAUGCUUAACUUUCAGAAUGAAUUGUUUUAGUUGUUCAGUGAAAAGCAUCGUCAGCAAUAUGUGUGUGAGAUGGCGAUCAACGUAUUAAGGUUACGCGCGUUGCGAGCAAGAACUGUUCGUUAGAAUUGUACGUCCGCUCCUGCAGAAACGAGGGAAAUACUAUGGCGAGAGCGAAAGAGAGAAAGGCGAGCAUAGUUCCUUGCCAAGCGAAUGUUGGCAGCGCUCGAAGAGCGGCCAAACCGGUCGUGCGGAGUCGUCGAGACACUUAGAGACGCUUGGGCUGCGUGGUGCCCUGGGUAAACAAAAGAUGGUACGGAACGGCGUCGUGUAAUACAGUCGUGGCUGGAAGAGGGUGUCUCGACGGCGACGCUGCCAACAGUCGACGCCGACGAUCGAUUCGUGAAUCGAUUAUCAUCACUGUUGCUCUUUUCCGGUCGUCUCCCUUGGGGAACCGAGCGAAAUGACACUCAGGUAAGUGACAAAUUCUGUUAAACACUAAUAAUGCUCGAACCUCUCACGAAUGUACACAUGUAUAUCAUCUACGCCCAUGUACAAAGAAAACUAAAGCGUCCCCUCGUUCAUUUAUUUUUAUGGAUUUCUAUUUGUUUUGUAUUCAUCGUUCUUAACAUGAAAUACAUGAGAAAAAAAUUAUAUUUGUUUCCCAUAUGACUCGCAAUUAAUAUCACAAUUAAUAACACAAUCGUUCUUCGACUUAUGGAUGCAUUGAUGUUUUGUACAAUAUGCCUAUUAUUAUUGUUAGUCUUACUAUUCUUUUCUUAAUUUAUUUCGUCUUCUGUCUCUAUUUUGCACUUAUUUAUUCAUCUAUUUUACAAUUUCCUCCGUUGAAUACAGAUACGAUUUUUCUGCAGGACUCUGAGCUUUAUUUGCUUCGUUAUGAAAGACCACGAUAAAAAACGAUUUAAGAAAUACUACCGCGGAAUCUGUCUUCUUUAAUCCGACUUGAGCCCCGAUAAAAUUAUAAUGGACAGUUUGAAUCGCGACACAGAUUUCUUCUUUCUUCGUUCCUGUUAGUGACACAUCCAAGUAUGUGCACACGAGUGCAAUGCGAGUCAGCGAAGUUACACGGUAUGACGAAUUGGGUCGACUUUAUAUGCACUUCCCUAUUUACGGGUUCGUUUAGUCCGUCGUCAAGUCUUUCGAUUAGUGUAUCGCGUUUGUGAUCGCGAACAUUAUUCCGUUAGAAUUUCGUUAGAAUCCGCUCCGAGCACGUGGCACUCUGCCAAUGGAAAAAUAACUCGUCGACUGUUUUAACAACCACCGAUAACUGUGAAAAUUUGUGCCUUUGAAAUCAGACAAUCCGUCGUUCUUAUCAACUUAUCGAUUGAAAGAACUUGCAACGAAAGUUCGAUUACUGGAAAAUUGAAAUAAAGUUGGAAAUUAUGGAAAUGUAAAUGAACUCCUGUAAAAGAAAUCGGUGCCCGUUGAUGUGAUAUAAUUGUUAAACUAGUCUGUAGCGAUUGAUCGAUAACGCCCGAUUGGCGCGAUGGCUACGAAAAUCAAAAUGGAACACGUUCGAAGCUACAUCGAUCCGCAGAUCGGCAAUCCUGCGAAAAGUACGGGGAAUUUCAUCGAAUGGAACGUUGAUAUGAACGUGACCAUCUCGAACGUGAAGAAAUCAAAGAUGUUCCAAAGAUCGCGCGGUAUUGUCGUUUUUCUCUUGGUGAUCGUUUUCGCUGUUAUCCUAUCUCACCUUAGAAAGGAAGUGCGCGCCCUACAAGUGCAGAUGCAAUCCGUGAACGUCAACCUAUUGAUACUGAUGUCCAAGUACGACAGGUUGAACAGAAGCUUCAAUCGAGCUUGGAGUCAACGGCCCGACAAGUUCCUCGAGCAGAGGAACAUGCACGACGUAAAACGGAUCUUGGACGGAGCUGCGUCGGCCUCCAAAGUCAUUCAAGUAUUCGAUGAAAUUCGCAAUGCGUCGAAUGGAAAUUCCUAUACUUACAACUCGGUUGCUCCCUAUUUAAAUUCUACUAGAAACUCGGAGGACGAAUUCUCGUCGAAUAACAACAUUCGCGGAACGAACAAGGGGAACUAUAUAACAAUUCCAAAAACGUCGACGGAGUUGGAAAACAAAAUAAACAACUUCGGCAAUAAAGAUGAAACUAAUUUAAGGAUCGAAAGGGCAAUAUUGACGGUAGAAAAGCAAAAUUCGACAAACAGACACAGUGAUCUGAAUAGUGACGAUGUCACGGAUAAUAGUAAUAUUAAAGAUGAUUAUGAUGACGAUGAGUCUGAUAUAUGGAAUGAACCUCGUACUGGAAGGGCAAGAAGAGACGAGGGAAGAGGUAAAAAACGGGGAAAGAACAAAAGGCGGCCCAAACGCAGUCGCAGGCGAUUGGGACCUUUGGUGGCAACGUUUGUCGGAGCGAUUCCCGAGCAGCACAUCACAGAUACAGUUUACAUUGGUCCAUGGGUCAAAAGCGUCAAAAGUAAUACUCAGUAUAGUCUAAAUAAAUUCCAUUUGGUCGAAGACAAAAAAUCCAUAGAAGUUACAACAACCGGUUUAUACAUGAUUUCUGCUCAGAUUUUUUAUUUCGGCGAACCAACAAAUUAUUCCUACUGGAUACUAUUAAGUUCAGAAGGCAAAUCCACGACACAAAAACUCGUAAAAUGUUCUACAGCGUCUUCGACGACGGCCACAGAAGUGUCAUGUUACACAAGCGUCAUCACGCCCUUACAAAGAGGUGACAGAGUUCAUAUUCAACAACAGGAGAAAAAUAGAUUAAUCAAUAUGCGAGAAGGACAUAGUUACGUACAACUUGUACUUCUGUCUAAUAACACUCGUAGAAAACGUCUGCGGUGAAACAAUACGAUACAAAUGAAAAUUAAGGUUGAGUGUAAUUUACCGAGGAACGAUUAACGCUUAUGUUAAUUUAAUGGCGAUUCAAAUGUAGUUUAACACUUCGUAACCCAAACUAUUUUUGGCUUCUUGUUACAGAAGGUUAAGCUCCAUAAAAGUGAUACAUAACAAAAAUCGUGUACAGUACUUGUUUACGUUACUUUUUGUGCAAAUAUUGUUUUUCGUUUUAAUUUUCAGGAGAAUUUGUUGUAAAAAUAAUUUCCGACUACAAAGAUACCAGCAUUUAUCUCUUUCGCGUAAGCAAAGCUUCGAUUUUAUGUACAAUUGUCUUAAGAUUUCAUAAUGGAUACAAACUGUACAAAGUAUAAUGUUAGAUUGUAAAUAAAUUAGAUUGGUGCUUAUUUUCGUAUUAUCGUAUUCGGGUUUUUAUAUACAGUCACUGAAAUUUGCACUUAACAUUAUACCUUUGUACAUUUAGCAUUUAACUUAAGACAAAUAACAAUUGACGAUGUGAUGUUACGUUUUAAGAAGAGUCAGUAAGAUUAAUUAACGCAGCAUAUUACUGCGUUAUUAUUUGAUACUAAGAUUAUAUACUAUUACGGAGAUGCCAUAUUGUUGAAAAAUUUUUUUUAAGAAGAUUGUGGAAGUAUACAGACUUCGAAUAGAAAAUAUAUUUUUCAGUUUUUUACAUUUUUUUAUAUUGUUUACAACAUUUAUAUUCAAUGUUAAUGUCAAACACAAAAUAUAAAUAAACGAAACAGAAGAAAGUUCACAAAGUA